AGUGUGGAUUAUUUUACAUAAAAUUUUCAUUUAUAAUUUUUGUUAUUUGUGUAUUUUCAAUCAUGGAUCAAUAUUUUGAAAGUUACGAAGAACUCGAUAUUCAUAAAUUAAUGCUAAGUGACAAACGUGUUAUAACAUACAAGAAAGCUAUUUUUAAUAUGAAAGAGAAAUUUCAGGAUAAGGUAGUGAUGGAUGUUGGUGCAGGCUCAGGUAUAUUAUCAAUUUUUUGUGCUCAAGUUGGUGCAAAGAAAGUAUACGCAGUGGAAGCAAGCUUAUUGGCAAAGCUUAUUGAACAAGUGUCGAUAGAAAAUUAUCUGCAGGAUAAAAUAGAAGUAAUUCAUAGUAAGGUAGAGGACAUCCAGCCAGACAGUUUGGAGAAAAUAGAUAUAAUUGUUUCAGAAUGGAUGGGUUUUUAUCUAGUACAUGAAGGAAUGUUAGAUUCUGUACUUUUUGCUAGAGAUAAUUUCUUACGAGAAGGUGGUUUAUUAUUCCCAGCCAUAGCAAAAUUGUAUGCUACGCCAUGUGAGUUACCAUCUAUGUAUGAAUUUUGGGAUAAUGUAUGUGGAGUCAGUAUGAGAUGUGUUGGAGAAGAGUACAGAAAAAUCAAAUCGAUGAAGCCAGAAGUAUUACUUCUAAAUCAAGAUAAUCUUUUGUCAGAAGGGAAAUUGCUUGCUUGGCUGGAUUUAAAUUGCAUCUCUGUAGAAGAAAUAAACCUAUUAGGUGGAGAUAAUUAUGUAACGGUAUGCAAGAAAGAUGGAAAAUAUCAAGGGAUAUGCAUUUGGUUUGCAGUCGAAUUCCCAGAUGGUUCAGAACUAUCUACAGCACCUUACGAUGAGGAAACUCACUGGAAACAAAUUGCUGUUGUUCUACCUACAAAUACAGAGGUAAUAAAAAAUGAACCUAUUGCCUUUAAAUUGGAUUUAAAAAGAGACAAAUUGAAUCCGAGACGUUACAAUAUAGAAUUAAACUUGUUGAAUGCGGAGGAGGUAGAACAUGAUGUUCCAUGUAAUUGUCAUAUGACAAAGUGUAUUGUAACAAAAACGUAUAUUACAGAUCAAGCAAACAAUGAAAAUGUUACGUCAAUUGAAUGAUAUACAUCAGAAUAUAUUUGCAUAUAUAUGCUAAAAA